CUUCGCCAUUUUAUUGAUUCAUCAGAUUUGUUUCCCAUGUCGGCACAAGUUCCGCUGACUCUCAAGGCGCAACGGCCUUGCCGUUACUGUGCAAGUCGCAAACAAGGCUGCGACCGGUUGCUACCGACUUGCUCUCGUUGCACCUCAAAAUCUCUUAAGUGCAAUUACAGUGUCUCACGAGAUGGACACGCUAUAACUUUACAGAACAAGGCGCCUGUACAAAACAGCGACCUGGUGGAAUUUCGCGGUUCUUGUUCUCCUGACCUCUCCACCAAAGGCGAAUCGUUAUUGUUUCGCUUAGUGUGUGACAGCGACAGGCAGGAUGCAGAGUAUGACGGGCCCAGCUUGUCCGAGCUGCUCUUAAAAAUACUUGGCGCUUUCGACAUUGACAUUCCGAAUUUGUUGGACAGCUACCUCGCGAGCGUCCAUCGGUGGCUCCCCGUUCUCAGGGAAGAACAUAUCCGUCAAAAAUGCGCCCAUUUAGAGAAUGAUGAUCAUGGUGACGUUGCACGUUUGCUGCUGACUUUGUAUGUUGUCGUUCAAUUUCCCUGCGACCACGCAGCUCAUUCAAUGAACACUCGGCUUUACCGUACUCUGAAACGGCUCUUUGUUAUUACCCAAUCAUCGCCUGGUAUUAAAGAUCUUGAUAUAUUGCAAUACGGGCUUUUACUAGGGGCUUAUGAAUGUUCACAAGGUCUAGAAUCCGCUUAUGAUACGUUGAAUCACUGUGUAUCACUAGCCCGGAUGGUCGAAGUUCAGAGCUAUAAAUCUAAUGACCUGGAUUCAAAAGACCCGAAAGAAAGACUUUUAUGCGGUUAUGCGCUAGUAGCCUUGGAUCGCCUCAUUGCACUCUCCAGCAUGGACUAUUGUUUACCAUUGCUGCUGCCGGACCCGCAGUCCUUUCCUCUGAUAGAGGAGCAUGACCUUGAAUUGGACGAGAAACUGAAAGCUUACGGCUACACGGGGAGAAUGAGAAUCACAGCUACCGUGGCACGAUUAGUUAGCGAUACUAUGGCGUUCUUACGCUGUUGCCAGCUCGGAAGAACCCAACAAGCUGAUUACGUAGCUGUGGACAGCUCUGCGCAGGCUUCACUUGGGAAGCUAUUGCGCCUUUCUGAAGACAAGGCGUUUUUGAACUGCGAACCAACGUCGAUGGCAAUUAGCGCUCUCAUGGCACUCCGAAGCAGCCAUGACAGACGUAGAAGCGGCCCAAGAGACUCCAAGGACGCCACUGCAUUGUGGUCAAUAGCGAGUAUGACUUUGGAAAUGUGUCUCUCGGCUUCCGAAUUCAUUCGAUACCACGGCAUUGAAAACUUGUCCUUCAUUGGCCUUUGUUGUGUAUGGCGAGCAGCGUUACCUCUAGUGAGCCUCAAAGAAUUUCAGAUUUCCGCCCAAGAGUUGGAGACUCUUCGAAGUGAGCUGCAGCGAUUUAGUAGCUGUUGGGCAAUAGGUGUCACCUUUUUGCAACAAUUUGACCAACUGGUUUACCUAAGGAACUUUUGAAUAGGUCCAUUGGUUGAAACGUCAAGGAUGCAGUAUUUUCUAUAACUACUUACCUAGUAGACAUGCUUCAAAAACAUUUUGCCAUUUACACUCUAUUCCCAACAACAGAAACGUAAGCAGGCAGACAAUCAAUAAAAUGCGCUAAAAGGUGAUAGCUUCACACUCUCACGUUGCUCGCUUUCACACCUUUACGGAGAGAGCGAGAGAAAUAAAUUUGCCGAUUUUUGGAAGCAGCACAAGAUGUUUUAUUAAGAUAGUGGGAACUUAUUUGACUGCGAAGCACAAGCAGCCUUGAAUCAUUAUCGAAUAAUGAGAUGAUAAAGUUAACAAAGUCUGUGCUGAAUCAACUGGACGGGGAUCUUUCAGGGGAGGUAUAUCACGCCUUAAGUAGCGGUCAGCUCGAUUGUUUUACCCUUCACAGAGUUCCAUAGAAACAAGACCGAGCAAAAUACAGAUAUUGC